AUGGUUGAUAAGAUCACAAAGGAGAGGACUAUGAUCAAAUUUGCGAGGGUGUUGGUCGAAAUGGAGAUUACAGAUCACCCUCCUAAGGUUACUCACUUCUUGAAUGAGUAUGGGCAACUCAUAGAACAAAGAAUCGAGUAUGAAUGGCUGCCCACAAGAUGGGAAGAACUUGAAGGUGGAAUAGAGAAGAAGACAGUGAAUGUUGCUGAAACUGACAAACCAGGAGAGAAGUGUAGUGCUGGAACAACAAUAGUUGCUAAGGAGAAACAAAGAGAAGAGGGGGAGAAGGAUGGAAGACAAAAGGGGCAAACUAGUGACACAAAAGGGAAUUGGAUAACGCCAAGAAGGGGUGCUCAUAAUAGGAAUGUGGGGGAGAAAUAUUUAGCUCCGGCUCAACACUGGAAUAUAAGGGGCCUCAAUAGUAAUAAGAAGCAAGAGGCUGUUGUGGAUGUUUGUAGAAUGAGGAAAAUUGGUGUAGGUGCUGUGUUAGAAACAAAAAUGAAGGGGGAUAAAGUAGCUCAAGCUAUGAAAGCUGUGUUCAAUUGUUGGGAUUACUAUACUAGUAAUGUGAUUGAAGGCAGGAUUCUUGUCAUUUGGAGGAAUAAGUUUGUUAAAGUGGACAUUUUGGAGGAAUCUAACCAAUAUGUUCACUGUCUAGUGAAGAUGCUCAGUCUUAAUAAAGAGUUUUGUGUAACUUUUGUGUAUGGCUCUAAUUUUAUAGAAGAAAGGAAGUGUCUUUGGAAUGGUUUGGCUGGUCUUCAAUUCCCGGUAAAACCUUGGCUCAUAAUGGGAGACUUUAAUGCUGUUUUUGAGUUUGGGGAUAGAAAGGGACGUAACCCGGUUACCAAAAAUGAAGUUGAAGAGGCAACCAACUGGUUAGCUUUGGGGCUUGCUGAUACACUUCAAAGAUCAGGUUCUUUUUUUACCUGGUCUAAUAACCAUGAGGUUAAUGAUAGGAUUUAUUCCAGAACAGAUCAUGUGCUAAAAAAUGAAGAAUGGUUGGACAUGUUUACCGAUUCUAGUGCUAACAUGAGUUGGGAAACGGUGUCGGAUCACUGCACUUGUGUUGUCUCUUCUGCUAAGGCUGGCAACAUUGGGAUUAAGCCCUUUAAGUUUUUUAACUUCUGGGUUCAUCAUAAAGAUUACAAGCAUGUGGUUAUGGAGCGUUGGACUAAACCGAUUCGUAGCAAGGGGCGGAGGGGGCUGCUGAUUAAGUGCUUAAGGUUGAAGCAUCGGCUUAGAAUGUUCAACAAAAAUUCAGGAGACAUUGAAGUCCAACAUGCUGAAGCCAGGGCUAAGUUGUUGGAAGCCAAGUUAGAAGCUCAAGCAAACUCGGGGGAUAUAAGGAAAAGUGAGGAAGAGAAAAAGGGAUUUUAG